AUGGAUUUGGAAAAUAACAUUAAAAUAAAAUUUAGAGAUAAAUAUGUUCUUGUAAACGACACAGAUGAUAGUUAUGGUGAAGGCUGUUUCGGCAAAAUUUAUUCUUGUAAAAGGAUAGAUGAUGAUACCAACACUCCACUGUGUGUAAAGAUCAUUCCUAUUAAUAUUGAUGCAGAAAGGAUAGCUGAAAAUGAAAUAAUAAUAAAACGUACGAUAGAUUAGUUAAAAUCGAAUCAGCAAUAGUAAGCGAAUACAAUUAAAGUAUUCGACAUCUACUUUGAUUUAUUUGCAUUAUAUAUUAUUAUGGAGAAAUGCGAUGAAGACUUAUCAAUUGAGUUCGAUAAAAAGUUGGAUGAAAACAGUUGGUAUACUGAAGAAGAAGUGUUUGAUAUAUUAUAGUAAAUUAUUGAAGGUUUAAAAUAUCUACAUUCGAAAAAUAUUUUGCAUCACGACGUAAAACCAGAAAAUAUUUUAAUAAAAUAUUAAACAGGUGAAAGAAAGAUUUAUAAGAUUAGUGAUUUUGGAAUUUGUGAUUUGAUUAAAAAGCUAACAUAAAGAAAUGAAGUCAUUAGAACAGGUUCUCCUAAUUAUACAGCACCUCAAAUCUUUGAAAGUGCUGCAAUAUAAUCUUAAAAAUGUGAUAUAUUUUCAUUUGGAAUACUAAUUUAUUAAAUUUGUUAUAAAACUGAAUUGCCUUACGACUGCAGUUCAAUGUAAAUUAGAUAUAAAAGCUUAUAAAAUCUGAAAGAAAACAAUUUGAAAACUAAACCUCUUAGCUAUAAAAGAGAGGAUAUAUUACGAAAUCUUAUAUAAAGUAUGAUAGUAUAUGAUGAGGAUAAAAGAAUUUCAUAUUAAGAUCUUUUCAAUCAUGCUGUCGUGAAGAAUAAAUAUUAAUAGAAUACUGGCUCUAUUACCCUUGAUAAUAAAGAAGCCACAAGUUCAAAAUAAUUUGAUAGAUCAAUUAAUUUUUUAAAAAAAACUAAAAAUUAAGUUUUAACAAUUUUAGAAAGAUUAUAAUUAUUGUUAGAUUUAUUUCUUGAUAAGUUCAAGAUCUGUUGUUAACUGAUAGAAUAAUUGAGUAAUGAGGAUGACUAUUUAAUGGUUAAAUUGAACAUUUAUUUAAUAGCCAAUCAUCAAUUACUUUAUGCACUUGCUCUGAUUUAUAUAAGACCAUUAGAAAUGCAUCCUAGUAUUCUAAAAUAUAAUGAUAAUUUGAUGCUCAUAGAGAAAUUACGUUAAGCAGAAAAGGGAAUUUUAUUGUAUCAAUAAGAUACUUAAGGAUUUAAAAAACUGGCUGAUCUUAUUCAAUAAGAAUAUCAUAAAUUUAAAAAUCAAUUUAUUUAGUUCACUUCAUAAUUUGAGAUGAGAAAAGAUCCUAAUGAAUUUAUAUAGUUUCUUAAAUAAUCCAAAACUAGUAGAAUUGAAUUAAAAGUUUUAAUCGAAAACAUUAAAACUCAUUUAAAUAUAAUCCCUUAGAAUUUAAAACCAUUUUUAGACUAAGUAAUCAAAUUUGAGAGUUUAGCCCCAGUAAAUCUUUAAUAAAAGGAUUCAACUCCACAGUAUCAGCUAUCCUAAUAAAUUGGAUAAAUUUGA